UCUUCCCUAUUUAGCUGGCAGAGCCUGCCUGAGCCUUGUGUCCCAGUGGUCUGUGGGACAUCUGGCCUGUCACCAUCAGCUGGGACUGAGCCUCCUGAACCACCCAGACCAAGUUCGUCAAGAUGUCCUCCGUCCCGAAGCACUUCGGACUGACAGCCCGAGAAGAAUUGUACAUGUUUAAAGAGCUUGAGAAGAUUCGCCACCAGUUCAAAAAGGAAAGUCCCGAAUUCAAGCAGAAGUCGGCUGCCAGGUCGGCUUUGGGUGCAAACUCUGAGGAUGACCUCGAAGACUUCGAAGACCAGGACGAGGAGUCUCCCCAGCCCAGCGCCCAGAGGAAGCCUUCAUCCUCUAGGGCGCAGAGUCCAGGGCGCCCCGCCGCGGCCGACCUGCAGGGGGCGCCGCCGAGCACGCGGCGCGGCCCGGUGAAGCCCCGGCCCUUCUGCCCGCGGGACUUCUACCUGCGGAGCUCGGCGUUCCUGCGCUACAGUCUCUGCGCAGAGCCACCGGCCAUCGGCCCGCAGGCGGGCACCGCCCGGCCCGUGGUCCUGCUGCAGCCACGCUCGCGCCUCCCGAAGCCGCACGUCAAGAUCCGGGGGGAGCCGGUGUCCCGGCGCGUGUUCGUCGUGAGCCCCGCGCAGGAAGCCCGGGGGCUCGAGGUGGUCCGCCCGCGGUACCGACUGGCCAGCUCCUUGUCCAGCCUGGGCAGCGAGGCCGACGAAAGCGGACGGCUGCAAAGGCUGAGGAUCCACACCCACUUCCUGCGCGAGAGCAUGGGCGCAUCUCGGUGGCUCAGGCCCGGGUCCAGAGGCAGCCGUGAAGGGGGCUCUACGGGCCAGGCCACCUGGCCCCUGCCGGUGACACGCUUCAUCCCCACCAGCAUAGAGGAGAUCAUCGCCUCUCUGCAGUCUGAGGCCCAACUGGCCUCAGACCAGACCAUCAAGGAGCUCAUCCAGAGCAUCCUGGGCCAGAACUACGACCUCUCUAUGGAAAGUAUUUCUUUUAUGGAACAAAUGUACCUCAGACCAUCUCUUAUACAAACACCCAAGCAAGAAGAGGAGAAAGAGUCCCAGACAACUAUUAAGGCGCAGCAAAUCACAGUAUCAUCUCCACAAAGUAUUUAUGAGGAGCUUCCUGAGGCUGUGUCAAGCAUCUUCCAGAUUGAACAGGAGGAUCUUUUGGAAUGGGGAGUCUUAGGAGAAGAGAACUUAGAGUUUAAGUCUCAGGAAAUGUUAGAAAUUGUGCCAGUAGAGGAUUCCAGUAAGCCUUUGGAAGCUGGUCGUCCCACAACUGACAGAAAAACACGCAAGCGAUCACCUUUAAAAGUGAAACCUUCAGAUUUUUUGCAAAUCAGAGGAAAAGAAGUUAAAAGAGUACAAAAAAGUAGACCAAUUUUUAAGCCGUUGAAAACAAGAAAGUUUGUAAGACAUCACCAGGAUAAAAAACUAAUUAAAAAAAUCCCACAGGCCCAUCCCUUCCCUAAUCUUCAUGACCUGUGUACCACAACCCCAGCUUUGGAGUUGCCUGUGGAUCUGCGCCUGGCUUCUCGAGUAUAUCACACUGCAGAUAGGACAGGUCACAAGCCCAUGGUUGGACUAUUGGGGUCAUCUGUCUUAGGCAACUGCUGUAUUGAUGAACAGAGAGACAGAAUACUGUAUGGCGUUCCUGUUACAAGUGAGAAACAAUUCCUGGAAUCGAUGCAGACAAGCCAAUGGCAAGCUCACAAUCCAAACCUGAAGCUCUCAGGAGAAGAAGUGUCUGCAUAUCCCGGAGCUUCGAAGAUGUUUUGGAAUCUUACUGCACCCAAAUUCUCUGUUCCAGAAUCAUUCAUGAGGGAAACUUUAUAUCCAAAAUAUGAGAGUGUUCAGACAAGUAGAAUUUUAACUGAGAAACUUUCCGAAAGUAAGGAAAGUGUGGUUAUUUUAAAUACCUACACCAGAAGAAGUUUUAAGUCUUUAAUAAUAAAAAAAUCUGCAUCAUAUGAGAAUAUCAAAAAAUAUUCCAGUGCACCAUACUCACGGUUAAAGAGAUCAAAGUCUACUGUUGAGUUGAGAAAAGAAGGGUCCCCACCACCAAUUGUAGUUAAGGAUGACAUAGACAGCAACCUCAAACAGCUGCUGUACCAGAAGAGGAAGGAGAUGGAGCGCCAGCUCGCCAGACAAAUGGGCGUACUUGAGACCUCCCUAAAGGGCAGCAUAGAAACUCUGCAAGAGUCGGACAGCAUGAAAUACCUGUCUGUCUCCCUUGUUGAAGCAUCAAGAAAAGCUGGCAUUAGCUACAUUGUGUACCCUAGGAAAAAGAAGAAGCUAUGGAAGAAAGGAUUGAGAUUUCAAAAGCUUCCACUUGUAUACGAACAGCUAUCCAAGCCUCCCAAGAAAUUAGAAAGAUCAACAUCUCAUGGAAUACUUCCUGGACAGAAAAAAAGUUCCCUUAAAGUUCCAGUAUACGAAGUACAAAUAAGAUCUCCCAGUGUACCUGCAGUUUUAAAUUUUGAUCAUUUUGCUCAAAGUAAAGGGGGAAUACCAGAAAAUACUGAUCCUCGGACAUGGGUUCUUGAGACAUUUGCUAAAGACAAACCUCAGAAAACACCUGCACCAGUUGCACAUGUUGAAAAAGAAACCCCAGAGCCAGUGCCAGACCUCCCCAAACUGGAAUUAAGUGAUCAAAUACAGUGUAAUCUUCCACCAGAAGUCAUUAAAUAUUAUGAAUCCGAAGUGGAGAGGUUGACUCAAGAAAUAAAAAGUGAGAAAAAAAUUCCUGUGUUUGCAUAUUGUAGGCGUGGAGCUAUUUAUAGAAAACUGGGAAAGUUGCAAAGUGCUAUGAAUGAUCUACAGGAAACCAUAUUUGUGGAGCCAUUGUUUCUAAAUGCUUAUUGGCACAGACAUUUCAUUUAUCUUUUCCAAGACAAAAUUAAUGAUGCUUUGGAUGACUUGAAUUUUAUAAAUAAAUAUAAUAAAAACAAUGCAGAAGCAUACUUGUCAAAGGCUGAGAUAUUCAGAGAGAAGAAGGACAUCACACUGGCAAUUCUGAAUUACAGUCAGGCAAUUAAGUGCAGGCCCAAAGAUGCUGACCUCUAUUUCAAGAGGGGGGAGUUGUAUGAGACUACAAACAGAGUGCUGGCCAUUGAUGACUUUUCGAAAUGCAUCCUCUAUGAUCCCAAGAGAACAGAUGCAUUAAUGAAACGCGCGAUGUAUUACUUCGAAAAUGAAAACUGGAUUGCAGCCAUACAUGAUUAUACGGCUCUGUUAAAACUUGAACCACAAAAUUCGCAGGCAAGGACAGACCGAGGGAGAGCAUAUUUUAAAAGGAGCUUAUAUAAACAAGCAAUCCAGGACUUUUCUAUUGCCAUCCACUUAGAUCCUAACAAUUGGUUGGCUCUGUACUACCGAGCCUGCUUAUUCAGGAAGGCUAGUCCCCACAGAGCACUGCAAGACUACAGUACAUCAGUUCUCAUAAAUGAUGGCUAUGAUAAUCUUAAUUGCUUUCUACAUCGGGGCAUACUCUAUGCAGAUCUAAAACUUUGGAUGCUGGCAAUUUAUGAUUUUGAAACUGUUAUUUCUCUUGAAAGAACUGCUAUUUCGGCUUACAUAAAUAUUGGCCUCAUAUAUCUACUACACCUGGAUAAUUACACUGAAGCCUUUUGGAGAUUUUCUGAGGCAAUUAGAGUUGACCCUUUAUAUAUUCAAAGCUAUAUUUGUAGAGCAGAAACCUAUUAUAAGCUGCACAAAUUCAAAAGGGCAGUAUAUGAAUUAUCUCGUGCUAUUCACCUCCAGCCAGAUGGAAUCCAGUUAUAUAUAAUAAGGGGACAGUACCUUCUUAUGAUGAAGUGUUAUGAUCUUGCAAAGUUCACUAUUUAUCAAGUAGCAGAAAUGAACAAAGGUCUCAUUGAGCUGACACCAGUACAGCAAGCACUUAUUUACUCAUUUUGUGAAAACCAUGACAAGGCUAUUCAAGUCUUGGAAGGGGUCACAGUCAGUAGACCAGAGAUAUACACUUUUGCACUCUUGGCAAAAGCCCAAAUGAAGGCCAAGAAAAUCAAGGAAUCUGUGAGAAUGUUUAAGAAGGCUUUGGACAUGUUUUCAAGUUCUGACAAAGGACCGAGUGCCACUAAUGUUUCAGCAGAGUGUCUGUACAGCCUGGGCCUUUGUUACAUGGAAGAAGGCAACUUACAAAUGGCUUAUGACUCUUUUACAAAAGCUGUGAAAGCAAAUCCUGAAUUUGCAGAAGCCUUUUAUCAUCGGGGACUUUGUAAAGUAAAACUCAACAAAGACAACUCAAUUCUGGAUUUUAAUCGGGCAAUUACCCUCAAUCCCAGACAUUACCAGGCAUAUUUAAGCCGAGUAGCCUAUUAUGGUUUAAAGGGCAGAUACUCCAAAGCAAUUCUGAAUUGUAAUGAGGCCAUCAGACUUUAUCCUGAGAGUGUGCGUGCCUAUAUCUGCAGGGGAGUUCUGAAAUACUACAACAGGAGUUACAAGCUAGCUAUUACAGAUUUGACUACAGCUGUCAGCAUGGACAAGAACAGUUACACAGCAUUUUAUAACAGAGCAUUGUGUUACACCAAGAUAAAGGAACUUGAUAUGGCUUUAAGAGAUUACGGAAUUGUGCUGCUUCUUGAUGCUGGAGAAAGAAUAGCAUUAAAUACCUUCAUUAACCGUGGGCUCAUCUACACUGAACUAAAGGAGUAUGGUUUUGCACUAGAGGAUUAUAAACAAGCUGCACUGAUAAGCCAGACUAGUGUGAGCCUUUGUCAAGCUACUGCCAUGUGCCACCACAGGAUUAAGGAAUUUGAAGGAGCUGUUGAUUUCUUUACCAGAGCUGUUAAAAUUAAUCCGUGUUUUCUGGAUGCUUAUAUUGGACGGGGGAAUUCUUACAUGGAGUACGGACAGGAUGAAGCCCUGAAGCUAGCAAAGAAGGACUUCCUGAGAGCGCUGCAUCUUGACCCAGCAUCUUCAAAAGCCAGAAUUAGCCUAGGCUAUAAUUUGCAGGCCCAAGGAAAAUUCCAGAAAGCUUGGAAUCACUUUACUAUUGCCACAGAGGCUGAUCCAAAGAGCUAUCUAGCCUAUGAAGGACGAGCUGUGGUUUGUCUUCAGAUGAGUAAUAAUUUUGCUGCAAUGCAGGAUAUUAACAGUGCCAUAAAGAUCAAUACUACAGCAGAAUUCUUAACAAAUCGUGGUGUGAUUCACGAGUUUAUGGGUCAAAAGCAGAAUGCAAUGACAGACUAUGGAGCAGCAAUUUCUCUGGACCCCACGUACUGGCUGGCUUACUUUAAUGCUGGAAAUAUCUACUUUCACCACCGGCAGUUUUCUCAGGCCAGUGACUACUUUUCAAAGGCUUUGAAGUUUAAUCCAGAAAAUGAGUAUGCUCUCAUGAAUCGAGCUGUUACAAACACAAUAUUAAAGAAAUAUGAAGAAGCAGAAAAAGAUUUUUCCCGUGCAAUUGAACACUGUCCCCACUGGGCUGCAUUGUAUUUUAACAGAGCAAGUUUCUAUGUCUGCUUAAAGAAGUAUGAGCUAGCCGAAGAAGACCUUGGCGUAGCCCUGUCUUUGAAGCCCAAUGAAGCUGUAUUGUAUAAUCUCAGAGCACAAGUUCGUGGCAAAAUAGGACUGAUGGAGAAAGCUAUGAGUGACUAUAACCAAGCCCUUGACCUUGAAGAAUGUCCCUCGGCCAUGUGAUUACACAGGCUCUUGUGGUUUCUGUACUAGGUUAAGUAUAUUUUCUUCCUGAAACUGAAAUAUAUUUGUUGUUUAGAAAUGUCA